AUGUCCGCCACGUACAGGCAGUUCCUGACUGCCCCCAACUCGUCGCUUCUUGCGCCGAACGCAACCCUCCUGUACAUCACUACCACCACCUCUUAUAAUGGCCCUACCGACAUCAUCAAGCAUCUCAACACUCUGCGCAAUCAGGUGAAGAAGAAGAAGGAGGACAUUCUGGAUGUCGUUGAGGGCCGCGAUGCCAUUGCCGCUGAGAUUGAGACCUCCCUGGAAUUCGUCACCAGCGGAGGCGUCUAUCUUCCUGGUCUCGAUGACAACUUCUUGGCCGAUCGCACCGUCCACCUGCCGAUUAUGCACGUUGUGAACUUCGACAGCGAGGGCAAGAUCACGCAAAUUCGGCAAAGCUGGGACCAGGGCUCCCUCCUCAAGCAGCUCGACAUUAUUGGAAAGUCUGGUCGCAACUGGCCCAUUCGGGACAGUCAGGAGCAGAUCAAAAUGAUAACCAAGGGCCUCAAGGCUACCGGCAAGGUCGCAGACGCUCCUGACACCAACGAGCUGAUCAAUCGAUCCCGUGGUAGCUCGACCAACGCGCUCCGCGACCCCCACGCGUCCCUCUCCCUGUUUGCGCCUAGAGAACAGCAGGCCGAAGAAACCCCGGCGCAGUCUGUCGUGUCUCCUUAUGCGGGCACCCGACCGCAGCAACGGUCUUUCACCGAGAUUUUGGGCGACGAACCCACCGAUGAGCCCAGCUCUCCCAGCGCGGGACGCGACCGUGUUGCCCCCAAGAUUGGUGCUGGAAAGAACUUCCAGCCCAGCCGUUUGUUCGACGCUGACCAGCAUGCUGAGGAGCCUGAUAGCCCCGAGCAGCAAAAGUCACCCGAGAAGUUCUAUCGCCCCAACCCCAAGAAGUUCCACCACUUUGACUUCGCCGACGAUUCGGACCCUCAAGACACACCCAAGCCUGCCGACGGCCGCCCUAAGCCGACCAAGCACGACAGCACCUGGGGCUUUGAAGAUUUUGUUACCCCUCAGAAGAUCAAGCCCACAAAGACCUUGCGCCACCAGGAUGUUCGCCACUGGGAUACCGACGUGACCAACGACUCUGUCAAGGAGACCCCGCUCGCUCGUCCCGUUCAACAGAAGCCCCGCCGCGACGCUGAGGCGCACUUCGACUUCCAGGAUGACGGCCCAGAUGGCGAGCCUCGGCCCGCCGGACGCCCCAAGGGCAGCGCUCACAACACUGGCCUGCACCUUUACGAGAACAACCUAUACAGCGAAGAUGGCAAGCCUCUUCCUCCUGACACUGACCGGGCCCUGGGCAACAUCACGAACUUGAAUCACCGUCACAAGGACUUCGACCCGCACUUUGCCAUGGCUGAUGACUCUCCUAGCCAGGCCGGCCAGCAGCAACGUCCCACGGUCAGUGAUUCUCGCAAGAAGGCGGUCAACAUGAUGAACUCCAACUGGGACUCAUACGACCAGUCCCCUGUCUCCCAGAAAGAGAAUGUGCCCGAGCCGCAGGCAAAGGGCAAGGGCGGCAUCCACAUUGCCGGAGAUGGCAUGGGUUCCAGGAAGGCUAAUGCCGACGAUGAGGACGAUAGCCGCGGCAUCAACAUUGCCGGAGACGGCAUGGGCGGCAGGAAGGGUACUAACCGCAACUGGCUCUACGGCGACGAUGAUGAGGAUACCCCCAAGGCCAUUCCACCCAAGAAGCCAGGCCUGAAUGCGGCUCAGAAGAGCUUCUGGGACUUUUAA